UUUGUUUGUAAAUGAAUGUAAAAUGAAUCACAAAACAUUUAGUGUUUGUAGUUCACAUGCUUAAUUCUUUGGCAGUCUAUCUUUCAGUAAGGCUAAUGGUUUGACCUUGAGAUUAACUUCUUUCCAUCUAAAGGAAAAUGAUAUAAAAUGUUAAAGUACUAUUUGUUCGUUCACAAUUCAUUUAUCUCUUAUUUGACAUUACUUGCUUGCCAAAAAAAAAAAAAAUGGCUUAAAAUUUCAGAAAUGUGUUGAUUUCUGAAGGAUCCGAAAGACCAAAGUUUUUGGGUAUCUUUGUGAGACAGCAUGAACAUGAGUGGGGCUAACUCGACAUUCACAAAUGUGAUAGGUAUACAAUAAAAAUGUCAAGGAAGAAACAGAUCACUGGAUUUGUUAAAAUAAUGAGCAGCAUAAUAUAUGAUUUUCUCCUUUUUCAUUUGAAUUCAAAGUUGAAAGUGGGUUUGAAGGGUACGUGGGCUUAAUCGGUACAUUUACACUAUAUUUUAAUGACUGAACAACUAACCGGUUUGUGUUGGGUGGAGCAGCUGAGAGGACUAUAUAAGCGAGAGCCCUGUGAAGGUUCUUCAAAGAUCUCUUCUGCUCUCGUCAGUGAAACAGCAGCGUCUUCUACAACAUCUUCUGGUGAGAAUUUUGACCUUCUUUCUUCAGCACCACAAAUACAGAAGAAAACAAAAUGGCAAAUGCACAGCCAAUAACCAAGCUCAAUAUCUCCACCACUAGGGAAGAAGAGCAAAUACUCGGAGCUCAGGGUUAUAAGUUCAUCAAUGUUAACCUCAAUGAAGCUGCUGGUGGAAACCAGAUCUUUCUUUGGUACAAGAAAGAGUCUGGCAACAGACCAGUGACCAGGAUCGAGUUCUCAUUCAAUGCAGCGAUGAAACCCGGUCUGACUGAUGCUGGGUAUGAGGUGAUCAACAGGGAUCUGAAUGCAGGAGCUUGUGGAGAUCACAUCUUCCUCUGGUACUUCUACGGCAGCACCGAAUAUGACAUUCCUAUUGUGGACCUCAAGGUAACCAAAGUCGCCAAAGAAGAACCUGUUCUUAUGAAAGGUGGCUGGGAGAGACUGGGCUGUGAUCUGAACCGUAAUGCAUCAAAAACCAUCAUCUACCUGUGGGUGAAGAGAGCGAAGACCAGCUACAUACAAGAGAUCGCAGCAACUGUUGAGUACACUAAUGACAGUCAGAUGUUUGAUGAGGGCUACACUCGUGUGGGUGAAGACACCAAUCGGGGCGCUCCUGGAAACUUCGUCAUGCUUUGGUAUCGCCGCACAACCGUUAAAAGCAAGGCUCUCACUCAUCUCAACAUAUCCACCUCCCACGAGGACGAAAUAAAGCUUCAGAUCGAAGGCUAUGAAAAGAUCAGUGUUAAUCUCAAUACAGGAACCGGUAGAAAUGUUAUCUACCUAUGGUACAAGACAGAGGGAGAUCAAUCGAUCCAGGCCAUGGCUCAGCUGUUCAACCCCGAGGCCUGGAUUGAGUAUCAGAAAGCUGGUAUCAACUUUAUCGAGAACAGUCUGAAUGAGGGCAACGAUGGUAUGAAAAUGUACAUAGCCUACAAGUAAAAUCCCAGAAUCAUGCUGCCAUCACAGGAUCUUCUUCAGUUUUCUCAUCAUUAGAUCUAUAUGGCUAUAACUAUAAGCAUAUCUGUUUCUAAUGCAUGAUUUUAAUGUCAAUCUUUAAAGCACAUUGUGACUGUGGCUGUUGUACUGCACUCAACCACACAUUUCAUUUGGCCUCUGUGUUUAUGAUGAAAUCAAUUAUGAAAUAAAGUCAACUUUAACCACAA